AGCGAGUGCAAAAACGAGCGCUGAGGAUUAUUUUACCGGGUUACUCUUAUAGGGAAGCAUUAGCACAACUUGGGUGUUCCAGAUUGGAUGAAAGGCGAGAACGACAUUGCCUCAAUACUAUGAAACGCAUAGAAAUUGAAGGACCACUGUCAAAAUAUGUUCCAUUGUCUAGGGCUAGUUCAAAUGAUUAUGAACUUAGAAACUCUAACACAUUAACAACAAUAAAAUGCCGAACAGAAAGAUAUCGCCGUAGCUUUUUCCCAGUACAGUAGCUCUAUAUAAUAGUUAUAGUAAAGAAACUUAAGCGUGAUACUUAAUUACGAUGAUUUUAAUGCAAUUCAAUAAGAUUUUUAGACUUGAUGCAUGCAACUAAAUUUUUAUAUAUGUAAAUAUAUAGCGUACCAAUUUUGUAAACGCACCAUAAUUCAAUCUAUUGCGAAGGUGUGUAUCUUAAACCAUUAAUAAUAAUAAUAAUAAUAAAUCUUGUCUAGUUUGAAAUAGUUCCUCAUACUUUUCAAAUGUUUUUUCAGGAUGACAAGCCAAAAGUGGAGAAGGCGAAAGUUGAGAAACCAAAGUUGACUCCAGAAGAAAUUGAAAGAAUAAAGGAAGAAUUCAGGUUGAAACGAGAAAAAGAAAAAGAAUUAAGGAAACAAGAAAGAGAUAAGGUGACAUUUAGUUUCUGUUAAUGCAAUAAUGGAGGUUUUGACAGUUGAAAAACAAUUCCUAAAUAGAAUUGCUGUACUGUAUAUAAAAAUGCUGCCAUGGUUUGUGUCUGAACCACAUGGAAAGGAACUAAACACUUAAUUGUCCAAUCAAUCUUUGAUUUUAAGUUAAGAAGAAAAUAUAGAAUUGCUGUAUUGGGUCGUUCCAGAAACGAUCCACACUCUUCCCAAGGAGGAAAAUUCUGCUGUCUGGAGGGGGAGGGGAGAAAAACGUGUUUCUGAUAAUAAUAAGUGUGUUAUGUAGGACAUCUGAAGGAGGUAGGGGGUGUUCACCUUUUAAUUUCCUCUCUGGGGAAUGGUAUGAUGUUUUCUUGAAUGACCCAUUGAAUAAAAACCUGCUAUGAUAUGUGCAUGUCAGGACUCCAUGGCAAUAGAUCCAUUGCACUGACGUCACAAAUCCUUAGAGUGUCCUCCAGAUGCUCCCUAACAAUAUCUUUUCGGAUACAACAACCACAUACAGCGCAAAAGUUAACCAUUUUAAUACAAAAGUAUUAUAAAGUUUUACAAAAGUUAUAUUAUGUAUAGAUUGUUAAUUUGUCCUCCAGAUGCAUCGUCACCGGCGCUGUGACGUCAUGUGCAAUAGGUCUAUAGAAUAGACCUUUCCCUUUUAAGUGAAAUUUUGAUCUAGACAAGUCUGGACAAAAAUUUCAUCACAGCUUGAAAGAGCAUCACAAAAUUAGUAAUAUUCGAAAGUUUCGUUGCGAAAUGUUGUAAAAUGCGGAUAAUAUAGCCUUGCGAAGUUUGCCGUUUUUCAGUCAUUUUAUAUUACAAUCUAACAUUUUGCAUCAGAUGAUCAAACUGAUGCAAAAUGUUAGAUUGUAAUGCAAAAUGACUGAAAAACGGCAAACUUCCCAAGGCUAUAUUAUCCGCAUUUUACAACAUUUCGCAACGAAACUUUCGAAUAUUACUAAUUUUGUGAUGCUCUUUCAAGCUGUGAUGAAAUUUUUGUCCAGACUUGUCUAGAUCAAAAUUUCACUUAAAAGGGGAAAGGUCUAUUGCAAUGUUUGAAAUGUUUGUAUUGAUGUUAUUUAGGCCCGUCUGGAAAGAUCUGAACUUUUGAAGGAACAGAAAAUGUUUUUAUUGCAUUGGUGUGUUCCACAGGAUGACUUAGAUCUUGAUGAUAAUAAGGUGAUUAUUGAAAUAUUCACCCAGUGUCUGUCACUGGUAUACUGAAAUAUGGUUAUGUUACUCAAACUACUGUUAAGGUAAUUCCGCAGUAAUUGUUCCCGAAAUGAGAAUGUGCUGAAACUGCAUGGAGUUUAUGACAUAUACUUAAAGUAAAAUCACACAAAAAAGUCGGGGUCACCGAACUCGUUAAGAAGAUAUGACAAUCACAAUAUACCACCUUUACCCCCAAUAUGGCGCCAUCUUGACGCUCAUUACGAGUAACAGCAAACUCACAACAGCCCGAUAUUUAUUGACGUUUUUAGCGCGGAUUUUGCUUUAGUAAACCUAUCUUGUAAUUAUGUUUGAAAAAAUAUUGUGUUUUGAGCAAAAUGAAACUACUAACGUGUACAAUUCUGAUCCACAAAUGUCUUUUCCACAUUUCUUUACAUAUCUUUCUUUGAGAACAUGCAUUGAUAAAGCAUUUUUUUCAAGAUCCAGAAAUGAUUUUUCUUUUAAUUUCGGAUAUGAAAUGUAAAAUGCAUUAAAGAAAUAAAUUAUCAGUUAAAAAACGGGGGUCACCGAUCUUUUUAGGGAAUUCUGGCAUUAAAACGUGAAAUACAAGUAAAUAAAUAUACUACAGACACAGUGAACCCUAGUUACACUUUUGUAUGCCUUUUUUGAAAACAUUGAUUUUAACGCAAUUCUUUGCACGAAUGUAACCAAAGAUGUUUUGAAGUAACAUAAAAUUGUCAUAAAAUGAUAUUUUGUUUUAAACGGUACGUAUAAUGGAUGAAAUUAUCAGUUAUAAGAUGUGCGCAGUAAAAGUGCGCAAUUACCUUAACAUAUACCAAAAAAGGUCAACAUUGCAACGGUAUGCCAAACGGGAUUUUUCAUUACCUCCGAAGUUUUAGGUAUAACCAUUCAAAUUUCAUUUUAGGAGUUACCUAAGUCAGUUCCAUUAGAAAGUAAGUUGCCUUCGGAUUUGUUUGGUGAUGUUGUCAUGGUUCUGGAGUUUCUCUAUGUCUUUGGAGAAUUUUUUAGUAUCAAGCAAGAUUUUCCUGAUGGGAUUACAUUGGGUAAAUAUUUUAACAUGUGUAUGAAUUUACACCUAAACUCUGUUGUACCAAUUGAUGAUUCCCCUUAUUACGUAUAUAUUCGUAGCGCUUUGCAUUGUGGUUAUAGUGAUAUCACUGAUAAAGAUAGCGGCCUCGAAUAAAAAUAUUGAAUGUUUUCGCGAAUAUUUUGCUGUUGGCUGUCGCGCACCUGACCCUAGCUUUUUUUAAAAGUUCUUGCACGGGUCAGGAUAAAUAAGCCAUCUUGAAUAUCAGUGAUACCACUAUAACCACAAUGCAAAGCACUACGAAAACGUAAUAAGGGGAAUCGUCAAUUACCCUGGCUUAUAGUAAGAUGUUGUGGUUCUAUAUGUACAAAUGAGGAGGAUUAUGUUGAAAUCGCAACGUUGACAAAAAAAUUUAAAAAUAUACCAAUUAAGCUGAUAAAUCUGCUCAAUUCUUCUAAGAAUAAAUUAUUAUUAUUGCAUACAUUUUGAAACUUAUAUGUAAUUUUUAUAUGUAAUUUUGAUUAUUGUACAGAUUUUGAAAUUUAGAUGUAACUCUAAAUUGUAACUUGUAUAGUCUUUCAGUUGUCUUCCUCCAAUAGCUUUUGUUGUUACCUGCGAAUAAUUGUCAAAUUUUUCAUUUUUUAUUAAAAAAUUGUUGUUAUUGUUGUUGUUUUCAGACAUCCUAGAAGAAGCUCUAACAGAACACGAUGCUGAAGGAUCAUUUUACGACAUCAUCAGAUUUCUUCUUUCCUCCAUUUUAACAACACAUGCUGACGAAGAAGAAGGUGAGUGGGCAGGUUUUUGAUUUUAUCCUGCUUGCCAUCCCAGUGCCUGAAUAUUGGUUAAAAAUUCAACCCUGCCUGUAUCUAGACUUGCUCCAAGUCUCUCUUUCAUAUAGUAUCGAUCCACUAUAGUGUACAUUACAUGACGUAGUAAGGAGGGGCGGAGCGAGAAAGAGAGACUUGUCAACUUCGGAAAAUCUCUGUUCAAAACUGAACCGAAAAUGCAAGACUUGCUUUAAUUGUUUUCUGUCAGUGUUUAUAUGUAUUGAUCUAGCACAGUGUAAAUAACAUGAGUUCCAUUAUAGUAAAUAAUACAGAAAGAAAUUGAAGGAAAGAAUUAAAGCAAGUCUUGCAUUUUCGGUUCAGUUUUGAACCGAUAUUUUCCGAAGUUGACAAGUCUCUCUUUCUCGCUCCGCCUCUCCGUGCUACGUCACGUAAUGUACACUAUAGUGGAUCGAUAUGACAAUGAAAGAGACUCUGGAAAGAGAGACUUGGAGCAAGUCUAGCCUGUAUCAGGCCUCGAAUUUCCCUGAAAUAAAUCGACGGCAAUGGCGUUAAAAAAAUUUAAGGUUAUUGUUACUUUGGAUUGUUGACAAGCUAGAAACAUUGUUUACAUAUUUCUUGAAGUGUUUUUUUUCCCGAAGAAAACCGAGACUAAAUUAGUAAUUUACGCAUGAUUUGAUCAACAUCUGAAUUCAAGUACCAAAAUAGUAAUGCACAGUGAAUAGUAUAAAAAUUACAUAUAUAUACGGCAAAAAAUGGGUAGCCUCGCAGUAGCUCGGAAGAGUGAUUUUCAGUGGCUCAAUUUGACAAUUGCUUUUGUGUUUACAACAAUGAAUUGCUUCGUUCUUUAGAAAACCCCCUUCCAAUUGGAGACGACCUUACGAGGCUCUGCGAGGCUUCCCCCCAAAAUUGCCGUCGUUGCCGCAAUGUCCACGGCAUUUUGUUCUCCCUCUACGGCAAUUGCCGCGAUAAAAUUCAAGCCCUGGCCUGUAUAUAUUUAUUAUUAUUAUUAUUAUUUUAUCUUAUUUACACACAUAUACAACGGUAGCCCUUCAGCAAGUUUAUGUACAGUUCUUUGUAGCUGAUUUCCAAGGGGCCGCCUGGUCAAUAUGCAUGGUCAAUAUUCAUUCAACAAUUAAAUGUUCAUUCAACAAUUAUUUUUUUAAACAAUGAAAGAUGAAGGAUUGGAUGAGAUUGAUCACGAGGAUAAUGUGAAGAACUCCAAGCCUGAGGAGGAUGAAGAUAAUGAUAUGUCACGUGUCAAGAAAGCGGUGUCUGCGUCAGCGGCAAUGGCGGCUGCUUGGGCACAGGUACACCAAGGACAGAGCCUUCAUGAGUUGGCUCUUGAUCCAUUCACGUGCUCUGAGAUUUUAAGACUGCAUUUUUUGUCAUCUGGAGCAAGCCUCGGUAAGUAUAAAAUUCCAGCGUAGUUCUGAGCAAACUUUUAUACUAGGUAGCUGUAUCAGUUUUAAGAUGUCCUCCCUAGAGGUCAAGUAUAAAAGAUCAUCCCUUAUUGAAACUUAAACUGAACUAACUUUAUUUAUUUACUGGAUAGCUCUAUCAGUUCUAAAAUUCUCUUCCUAUAGAGGUCAAGUAAGAAUCAUCCCUUAUUGAUCCGGUGUUACUACAGGAGGAAACCUAACUAAACUAACUUUAUUUAUACUGGAUAGCUCUAUCAGUUCUAAACUGUUCUUCCUAGAGGUCCAGUAAGGAUCAUCACUUAUUGAUCCAGUGUUACUACAGGAGGAAACGUAAACUAAAACUACAGUAACUUUAUUUCGACUGGAUAGCUUUAUCGGUUCAAAACUGUUCUUCCUAGAGGUUAUGUAAGACUCAUCCCUUACUACAGGAGGAAACCUAAACUGAACUAACUUUAUUUGCUCUUUUAAUAUUUUUAUAAUUGUUCAGUUUCAGGUACAGAUGGUGACCCGUACCGCUGGCAAAGACGUGGUGGUUUCACCUUCUCUGACGAUGCUGGUGUAGCAUUCCGUCGUCAUGAACACGCUAUCAUGAGAGCCUUGGUAACUGGUAACAUCUACGAUCUAAAUGCAGUCGAGAAACUGAAGAUAUUAAAGACGCUGUGUGCACAAUUGUUGACGUAUGCUUCUACGAGAGAUAUUAUUGAUGACGGCUUUGACAGGUGACAAUGAUAUUCUUUGUUUUAUUUUACGUUUCUAAUGAAUAGCUCUUUCAGUCCCAAACUACUAUCUCAAGUACGGGGCAAUAAUCAUUGGAGAACACUGUACAGUACCCGGAAUAUAUGCAAAAAUAGGAAAUACAUUGCAAAUUUCAUUGACAUGUAGGCUUUCUGAUUGACUUAAUAUGAAACAAUAACAAAGAUAGGCAUUAAGAUGCAGCAAUAUCCAGCAGAAAUAGCACACAAAAAAAACAUUUAGGAGUGACCGCAUAAUUUUUUUAUGUAUAUUGCUACUAAGUAAAUAAGUAAUAGUAUGGUUUAUCGUGCAAUUUGGGAAAAAUAUGCACGAGUGAGUUUUUCAAAGACUAUCAAAAUUGGACGAGUGCAAUUUGAAGUCUUUGAAAAACUCACGAGUGUACCAUAUACCAGGACGAGUCCGUCCGAAGGACGACUGCAAUUUGAAGUCUUAAGUUUGAAAAACUCGCGAGUAUACCAUGUACCGAAGGAUGACUGCAAUUUGAAGUCUUAAAGGGAAAUGGCAAUAUAUUUUUUUAUUUUCUCGUUUGAAAGAACAUUAAAAAGCAUAUAUAAAACUCUUUUACCGUUUUUUUCAUAUCUUGCUUUCUUCUACAAAUAUUUUAAUCGAAAGAAAUGAAAUGUCCGCCAUCUUGGAUUUUUGUAGAUAUGCAAGUUACGUCACAACAGGCCGGGGUCAUGCAAUAUUUUUAUCUAGACAACCACUAAUCAUUUUGCACUCAAAAUUAUACUCUGUAUGCCCUUCGAAAUAUCAAGAUCACUCAAAACCUUUAAAACAUCUACCAAUAUUUCAAUAUUUGGUCAGCAACGAAUACUUUUAUAUGGUUAAUCCCUGUUGUGACGUCACCAAAACUACCGUUAAUGAGAUCAUAAAUUUAUCCAAGAUGGCUGACAUCUCAUUACUUCAAGUGAAAAUAUUUCAAGAACUAAGCAAGAUAUGAAGAAUCGGUAAAAGAAGUUAUUAAAUAGUUUCAAAAGUUCUUUCAAAUGAGAAAAUAAAAAAAUAUAUUGCCAUUUCCCUUUAAGUUUGAAAAACUCACGAGUAUACCAUACCAUAUAUCGAAACUUCACUAUUAUCUAUACUAAUAGUGAGAAUAGAGAUUGUGUUUGUACGACGAGUUAGAUUACAGCCUAAUCCUUGUGUUGUUCAGGCUUCGUAAGGCAAAGCGUGAGUUGCAAGAGGAACAAUGGGCGGACCAGAGGAAAGACAAGGAAGAAGCCGCUGCGAAAUACAGAAAACGUAAGGAGGAGAAAGCUAAGGAAAAAGAGGAGAAAAAUAAACUUACCGAACAAGGCAAGACUGAUGAAACUAAAGUAGAGGACAGGUAUGGUGUGGUCACGAACUAAACUAAGUAGUGACGUUCAUGCUUCUGGGUCCGCAUCACUGCAGAAGAAACCUAAACUAAACUAACUUUAUUUAUACUGGAUAGCUCUAUCAGUUCUAAACUGUUCUUCGCGAGGUCCAGUAAGGAUCAUCUCUCAUUGAUCCAGUGUUACUACAGAAGGAAACCUAACCUAAACUAACUUUAUUUAUACUGGAAUCCCUUAUUGAUCCAGUGUUACUACAGGAGGAAACCUAAACUAAACUAACUUUAUUUAUACUGGAUAGCUCUAUCAGUUUUAAACUGUUCUUCCUAGAGGUCCAGUAAGGAUCAUCUCUUAUUGAUCCAGUGUUACUACAGGAGGAAACAUAAACUAAACUAACUUUAUUUAUACUGGAUAGCUCUAUCAGUUCUAAACUGUUCUUCCUAGAGGUCCAGUAAGGAUCAUCUCUUAUUGAUCCAGUGUUACUACAGGAGGAAACCUAAACUAAACUAACUUUAUUUAUACUGGAAAUGUGUAUCAGUUUUAAACUGUUCUUCCUAGAGAUCCAGUAAGAAUCAUCUCUUAUUGAUCCAGUGUUACUACAGGAGGAAACCUAAACUAAACUAACUUUACUUAUACUGGAAAUGUGUAUCAGUUCUAAACUGUUCUUCCUAGAGAUCCAGUAAGGAUCUAGGCUAGUAAGGAUCAUCUCUUAUUGAUCCAGUGUUACUACAGGAGGAAACCUAAACUAAAUUAGCUUUAUUUAUACUGGAUAACUCUAUCCGUUCUAAACUGUUCUCCUUUCAAGAUAUUAGCGAAGCUAACAUGUAGUAAAAACUUGUUCUACUUCAGUACAAAACAAGUGGCGAUGCCAACGUUGAAUGGAAACGACAGUGAAGAAGCGAAAGCCCACACCAGAUCACAAGGUCCUGUCAUUGAAGACCAAACACCUGACGGCGAAGAUAACGCGGAAGCAGGACGAUUAGAGAGGAAGGAAAAUUUAAAAAAGAAAGAAAAAGCAUUUUUGAAAGAGAUGAAGAAAAGUCAGUCAAUGUCUGGUGUACAACCGAUUGGUACAGAUAGACUGUUUCGUCGUUAUUGGAUAUUUAAUUCUCUGAAUGGUCUCUUUAUUGAAGACAAUGAUCCGUAUUUGCCGAAGCUUUUACAGCCUGAGGAGAAUGCUGUGGAGGUUUGUUCUUUAUAUAAAUGUAGUAGUAAACUGUCGUGGUUUAUGCCAUUUCCCAUUACGUCAUUUCUAAUAAAUGUCAAUCUCACGUCAUUUCUGAUGUUCAUGUUUAAUAUCAUUAUAUGUUGAAGCAUUACAUCUGUCCUAAUGACAUAUCUUAAAUCAUUACGUCAUUCCUAAUUUUGAUGUAUUACAUCUUUCUAAUGUUAAUUUAUUAUUUCAUUCCUAAUGUUGGUAUAUUACGUCAUUUCUGAUGUUCAUGUAUUACGUCAUUAUAUGUUGAAACAUUGCGUCAUUCGUAGUUUUGAUGUAUUACGUCAUUCCUGAUGUAGACAUAUUACGUUAUUCCUGAUGUAGACAUAUUACGUUAUUUUAGAUAAGCUAUGACGACAGCAACAGUGACACGACAUCAGUAAGUACUGAAGAGGACCUACCUGGUCCCUCAACAACCUCCGUAAUCCCUCAACAUACAUCAAGUAUCACUUCGUUGUCCAAGGAACAAAUUGAGCGACAAAAAGAUCUAUGUCGUAUACUCAAACUAUACAACAUACCAGAAGAAAGUCUACCUGAGAAUUGCAUCUUAAACACGGGAGGAACAAGUUUGAAACGAGAACAGAUUUGUGCUCAAUUGAACAGCCGUGAUAUCACACAGUGGUCUUACUUGGAUACGAAAGAUGACCUAGAACUGCUUUUGAAGUCUUUGAACCCACGUGGCUAUCGCGAGAAAUAUUUACGGGAGUCGUUAGUAGAAUCUUAUGAUAUGAUCGUGAAAGGAUUAGAGAAUAACCCGUUCAAGUUGGAGAACAAAUUGCUCAGAGAAGAGGCGAAGCAACAGCCCAAAGUAUCGCGAAACCGAACUGUGGAUAAAGCAUUGUACAAGACGAUGGAAGAAUUUAUUGAAGCGAGUGUAAGAGAUCAAAUACUGGAUUUGGAAGAUAGAGUAUGGCAAGCUGGACUGGGUAUUGUGAAAGUUGAAGAUAUUACUGCGUGGAGAAAACAAAUUGAGAACGGGAUCUACGAUUUCUUACCUGGAGAUAAAAAUGUAAGUGAAUGUCAAUGUCAAUGGGUAACUAAGACUUAGCAUGCUCAGACCUUAAAAUAUCGAUUGGUCACGUACAUCAUUGUUCGACGUAGAGAGGAAACCACCAGACAUUCUGUCCGACCUUUGUGAAACUGAGGUUUACUGUUUGUCCGACACGAGUGUAUUGGUGUCCGACCGAACUGUAGCUUUGUCGGAUGUAAAUAAAAAUGUACCCUAGUCCAGAGACUCGUAUGUUAAAUGGAGAAUCUGAGGAAUAUGUAUAGAAAGUGAACCAGAAAUUAUGUUUUAAUUUAAUCGAGCGAAAUGGUGAAGUGGAAAACGGUCUUACUGCUGUUGUCGGCAAGCAAGUUAAUUUUGACUUAGAAAUGAGUAUGAAUGACACAAAUUAUUCAAUAUCUUCACAUUUACCGUUUAGAAUUAAUACAUUGUGCUGAAGGAUAUUAACUUGUGUCAUUCAGACUUAUUUCCGAGCCAAACUGAACUGGAGGUCAUCAGACAUCUUCGUACAUAUGUCCGACUUACAUGUAAAAUCAUCGGACAUUUUGUAAAAGAUAUUUCCUAUAUGCUUCAUCUGGCUUCUAAGGUGGUACUAAUUUGUAAUUUCGUUUAUCUUUAGACGCGAGCAGCAGAAACUAUUGAAAAUGGCAAAGAGAACAACGGCGUUCCCAGUUCUAUGGACCUCGAUGAAAAACCAGUAAACAACAUUGAGAAGACUGCGGAGAAUAUGGAUGUUGAUGAACCUCCUACGCAUAUUGUAAAUGAUCUUAAACUCAAGUUAUUAUCCACUGUUGAAGACAGUCGUCCUGGGACACCGGUCGAAGGAUCAUUCACGUCUACUCCAACAUCAUCACAGACUCCUCAAUCUAUAAAUCCAUGUGUACGCCUUCUGGCUAAGGCUGUACUACAGGUAUUACUUAUUUUAUUGUUAAAGCUAUUGACCUUUUUCUUUGAACUUAUUCUCUCCGUGUACCCUACACACGUAAAAAUCUCAUAGUUUGUCAACAAGAUGUGUUCGCACUGCUUGUUCCCAGUUGUUGACAAGUCUGGAACAAGUUGAUAUCAUCUUGUAACAAGGUUGUCGAGGCCAACAGAUUCGCAACAAGUUAAAGAUAUGUCGUCUGCACGUAACAAGUUGUUAACAAGUUGAUGACAUCAAGCUCGUAGCAACUUGUUACGAACAGUCUGUAUUACAGUGGAACCCCGCCUUACGGCCACCCCGUUAAUACGGUCACCUCGAUAAUACGGUCACUUUUUUUUGUCCCGGCGAAACUCUAAUACAUUUUAUAAUAAAGUUACCCGGUUAAUAAGGCCACCCCGUUAAUUCGGCCAACGGCCAUAUUGUAGAGUCCCGAACUAAAGAAAUCACCCGUUAAUACGGUCACUCAAAAAAAUAAAUGUGUUUACGACGGAAAUGCAGUAUAAUUUAAGACACCUUGUGCAGUGAAACACAAAAUUCAAGUUGCAUCAUAUUACUAAUUUUUUUAUUUUUAUUAUCAGUCGCGCAAAGGGAAAGAAAGAAUACAAGGUUCUUUAGCGACGUUGUAUUCCCUAACAUUGUUUCUUUAAAAUUAGUGAAAACUUUAUCUGAACUUUAUAAUGUUUAGUUAUUAAUUGGUAUUAUGGUGGGGUAUGGUGUUAUUGUGAUUUUCGAAUAAACAUAGCUUUAAUGACGUCACAAUUGAAAUUUGAUCUCACCCCGUUAAUACGGCCACCCCGUUAAUACGGCCAUAUUAUUUCGGCCCGUUGGUGACCGUAUUAACGGGGUUCCACUGUAGUCUUGUUGGAACAACUUGUAGCAAGUCUGUUACCAUCACCAACCUUGUAACAAAGUGAUAGCAACUUGUUCCAGACUUGUCACAACAACUGGGAACAAGCAGUGCGAACACAUCCUGACAUCGGCUUGACAACAACCUUGUUACAACUAGAUUUUGUCUGUGUUGGUGUAAUUUACUCAGGUGAAUACGAUGUUUGUGAUGUUACUCUGAGUGUAUAUCCACACCAGACAAGCUUGAAAGAUAUGCCUGACCUGGCCAAGCUUGUCCGCUGUGGAUAUACACUCAGAGUAACAUCACAAACAUCUUGUUACAACUCGUUUGCAGGGGUUAAAGUUAACUAUAGUUAGUGGAAACGUCAUCCAAUAAGAAGCGCCUAUUUGAGAGUUAAUCACUAUUUAACUACAAAAUAGUGAUUAAAAAAGUGAUUAAGAGUUUUAUACAACCGGCCCCUGAUCUGUAACAAUUAACUUGAUGGUAUCGUAGAUGGAAGUUAUCGAGUGGAAAUUUAUAUACAUUUAUUAGACCUAACCAGAAACAGAAGCGGAAAAUGCAACUACAGGUCCCUGACAGGAAUGGACCUUUAACCUUAUAACUAAAAUUUUGAUCUAGACAAAAAUUUCAUCACAGCUUGAAAGAGCAUCACAAAAUUAGUAAUAUUCCAAAGUUUCGUUACGAAAUGUUGUAAAAUGCGGAUAAUAUAGCCCUGCGAAGUUUGCCAUUUUCAGUCAUUUUGUAUUACGCAUGGGAAAUUGAUACCCAAAUCGGGUGUUUGGGUAUCAAUUUCCCGUUUGUAAUCUAAAAUGACUGAAAAUUGCAAACUUCGCAGGGCUAUAUUAUCCGCAUUUUACAACAUUUCGUAACGAAACUUGGGAAUAUUACUAAUUUUGUGAUGCUCUUUCAAGCUGUGAUGAAAUUUUUGUCCAGACUUGUCUAGAUCAAAAUUUUAGUUAUAAGGUUAAAGGUCCAUUGACCUUGCGAUUCCUACAGAGGCCAGUUGUCGAGCUCUAACCAUAAGUUCAUGUAUUAACUUGCUCGUUUUUUACGUGUACCUAUUGCGUGCGUGGCUUUCGGUAAAGCAGCUGUUCCAUGUCUUCAUUUUGUGAUAUCAUUCUUGCAGGUGGAGCAAGGUAUUGAAAGAAAAUACUUGAUUCCUCCUCUGGGCGAAGACGAAGAGACGAAGAAACGACGACAACAAGAAGCUGCUGAUGCUGCAAAACGUGAAUUGAAUGAAGUGAUGGCGAAGAAGAAGAAGACGGAGAAAAGUGGACAAGCAAACGAAGAUGACAAACAACGUAAGUUCUCUCGAGAGAGCAGGGACCUUAAGCAAACAGGACGGCAACGCGACGAAGACGGCUAUUCACACAAUGAUAUUCCUGAUCUCGUACAAAAGAAAUAAAUAAUUAAAAUCCCCACGGGAGUUAGAGACGUUAUGUUAGGGCUUUUUACAACGGCAAACCAGAGAUUUUCACGUCUCGUGUACAACGCAAACAUGUCAAGACGCGACAAGUGAAAAUACAGAAGCGUUUUUAACCAUAAAGCCUUUGUUUUAAUUUCUUCAAACUGAACUCAAUUCAUAUAUACAUGCAAUGGAUAAUACAUAACAACCCUUCUUCGCAAUAAUUUAUUUGAAGAUGUUUGUUUUGGCUGUCGUCGUCGUCGCGUUACCCUCGUACAUGCUUAAGGUCCCUAGCAUCUUAGGAAGGGCGGGGUUCUUGUUUAUACAUGCACCGUUUGUCUGAAGGGGGUGGUGGUCAAUAAAGGGGAUGAGCGAUGGUCUGGAAAAUGUCCUGCAGCAUCGCGCUGCCAGUAAAUUUUUAACAAAAUAUCUUCGCAAGAAAUUUUCUAACACCAUGCUUGUCAUCUCAAAUACUGGCAUGCCAUGUAAUUUACAUGCUGCUUAAAACUUCCAAAAGCGUUUUACAUGCCAAGAUUGAAGUGUAUCUCGUAUAGGAGACCACUUUUACUGGACUAUGCCCCGGACUUCAAGAGUUAGCCAGGAAUAAUAAAGUUAGUUUAGUUUAUAGGUUUCCUCCUGUAGUAACACACUGGACCCAUGGUCUAUUUCACGUCAAAUCAACAUUUGUCUCAUUUAUUUUUCAUCUAGAUCAUAUUUACAAAAUGUUUUACUUUGUCUCACCUUUCGGUUUCAAAGUCUUUGAUAUAAAUGGUUUCCGUAGAGGAAACCUUAACGUAAUGAACAAUAAAAGUAAAUGAGUACCUGGAUUCAAACACUUUAACGAUGUGUCUCUUUCCUUACAGAAAAUGGCAAGAGUAUAGAAAAACCAAAAGCUAAGACGCAGAAAACUCUGGUAGAGCGUUGGGAAGAAUCACUGAUGGCGUGUACAAACCUGGCGCAAGUUUCUAUCCACUUGUCCAAUCUCGAUAACUGCAUCUGUUGGGAUAAGUCAGUGUUGAACGCUCGUUGUCGCAUAUGUCGACGCAAGGGAGAUGCUGAACACAUGUUGCUGUGUGACGGUUGUGAUAAAGGACAUCAUAUGUAUUGCCUUAAGCCACCAAUAAAACAGGUACGUCCCCAUUUGGAGUUAACUAUUGACAUUUCUUUAUAAGCACAAAUUACAUCGUCUUCUUGUUUACAUCAGAACAAAACAACUUUAUUAAUUCACUUGUGUGCAUGCAGGGUUUAAAAUAGCAGCCGGUUGUCACUGGCAUUUUCACAAACGUUAACUGGCAAUUUCUAAAUUAGCAUCUUUUUAAUCCAAUGAAUUUAUAAGUUUUAAAUUAAAAAGAUGCUGUUUUGACAUGAAAAGAUAGCAUUAGGCAUUCAGGUGUCUGGUAGGCAUGAAUAUCUGGUAGCCAUGAACAAGGCAAGAUUCAUAACUGUAUUAAAUCAAUGCUCAGUAUAAUGCAUAUAAUUAUGAUGAGCAUUGAUUUUCAAUAUACGAUUUUUGAAAAGAUUUUUGUAUUCUUUUGCAUGACUGCAACUUUUGUCAGAUCUUACUGUCGUUCCAGUUGAAGUGUUCCUCAAAUAUUGAUUCAAUACAUUACCUCGGGCUGACCAAUUCAUUUGAUCAAGUUCCUCGAGAUAUUCAUACGCUUCCUAGUAUAAUUGUAAACUUCCUGUUGAAUAGUUUGAAUGCACCAAUCAGAUUUUGCUGUUUGUGCAACUAACCAAGCAUAAAUAGAAAGGAAGUGACCAGAAAUGAUCAAAUACUUGGAAUUGGCUCUUUCACAGGAAGUGUAUGAAUAUCUCGAGGAACUUGAUGAAAUGAAUUGGUCAGCCCGAGGUAAUGUAUUGAAUCAAUAUUUGAGGAACACUUCAAUUGGAACGACAGUAAAAUAUCGGUCGGUCACGGACAUUGUCCGACCCAUUCGUGAAAUUGUCCGACGUAGAGAGGAAACUACCGGACAUUCUGUCUGACCCAAGUGAAAUUGAGGGUUAUUGUUUGUCUGACUCGAGUGUAUUGGUGUCCGACCGAACUGUAUAGCUUUGUCCAACGUAAAUCAAAAUGUACCCUAGACCAGGACUAGAGGCUUGUAUGUUAAAUGGAAAAUCAGAGUACUGUUGCAUGUAUAAAAAGUGAACUGGAAAUGUUGUUUUAACGUAGUCGAGCGCGGGGCGGCAAGCGAAAUGAUGAAGUGGAAAAUUAACGCGCUUAAGUUGUCGAAGUCUUUUUAAUACUGGUUUUCUGGAAAGCAAGUUAAUUUUGGUUUGGAAAAAGUAUGAAAGAAACAAAUUAUUUAAUAUUUUUACAAUAUUUACCGUUUAGAAUUAAUACAUUGUGCUGAUAUUCAUUUGUGUCAUUCAGACUUAUUUCCGAGUCAAAACUGAACUGAAGGUCAUCGGACAUAUGUCCGACCCAAACUCAACGUCAUCGGACAUUUUGUCAGACGGCCCUGGAAAAUAUAUUUUAAGGUCUGUUUGUACUUGAUUGGGGGUAGGAGGAGGGUAUUUUCUGCGUAUUCGUUUCAUGUUCAGUUUCUAAGAGCCUGAAAUAAAUUGCCGGUACAAGAAAGUUACACGCACCAAACAGCCUACAAAUAUAUCUGAAUUCAAAUUAUUUAUCUUAAACCCUGUGUGUGCUGUCUGUAGAUUCCAGAAGGAGAUUGGUUCUGCAGUCAAUGUCGUCCUACGGAGCCACGUCGUAGUAUUCGUCGGCCGAAAAAAAGAGAAGAGAGUGAUGAUGAUGAUGACGAGAGACAAGAUAUGAAACUUCUUGAGAUGGAUGGUCAGGAAGAUGACAGUGAAGAUGAGAGUCAAAAUGAAAGUGACGAAGAGGAGGAUGAAGAAGAAGAUAGCGAUGGUAAUUGCCUUGAGCGGCUGGAAUGGGGGGGGGGGGGGACGCCAUGAAUAAUCUUUAAGUACUCGUUGAAACAUCAGCAGCCGGGGCCAGUUGUUCAAAAGUGGGUUAGCG